AUGCCUUUCACUUCACCUUCCGAGCGUCCCGCACCCCAAACCUCACCCAUCAUUUCCUUACCAGACGAACUCCUCUCCUCGAUCGUUCUUAAUUACACUAUUCCGCCAACAACACUCGAAAACCUCACAAACGAGGAUAUCAACACGCCACUGACUUCUUGGGUUUCAAACACACUUCAAACUCUAGCCACCGUAUGCGAACGACGAAAGGCUCUUUUCGAUUUGAUCCGCGUCUCGAAGCGGUUCUACAAUUUACUGGCCAAUAACCUAUACGAGUCAACAUGUCUUUUCAUCCCAGACAUCCGAUCUAUCGAUGAUUUUACGCGCGGAGAGAACGAUUACCGGGUAGAUACCAUCGUCCAAGAUUCCUUUUGGGCUAAACACGACCUCGCCAGCUUGACAGCCGAUCGGCUCAGGGCGCUUUUCUGGGUUUCAGAGACCAAGACACUUGUAUGUCGAAAUCGCGAGGUCAACGACAAACGUAGAUCCUUCUGCCUCGAUUCCAGUUUCCUCCACGCCGAAAACGUGCAACUUCUGAAUUGCAGCAUUUCCACACUGCGCGAUCUACUGGAGUUCAGUAAGUUCACAAACCUUAAGACGCUGAAGAUCGAUGUGGAUCUCGGCGAUUACAGUAACGACAGAAUAAUAUUUGCGGACAGUGAGGCGUUGGGGACUUGCAUAAGCCGGCUGAGGAGACAUGACACCGCGCUGGAAAGUCUCACUAUACAGACCAGGAAUUUACAAGUCCUAAGAGGUUCUUUGUGGCCGAUAGGUAUUGUCAGCUAUUCCGAAUUCAAAAAUCUUAGAAGGCUAUCCGUGAUGAAAGAACACCUGGCUUACCAAACAACAUUGGACUCGUCUCCAUUCGUAACUCUUCUACCCAAAACGCUUGAGGAAUUGCAAGUUCUCUUUGGAAAAGAAGCGUACGAUCAAUUUUUGUUCUCUGAAGUUUGGGUAGUUCAAUUGCUGGAUGCAAAACCAACGCUCGUCAAGCAGCUGCGUAAGGUCGUCGUUAUUGGAGUCAUCGGCCGCGAGGAAGGAGAUACAUCUGAGAGUUUUGUUCCAACACAAGAACUGAGGGAUGUUGCUGGGGAAUUGGGCGUUGAUAUCGAAAUCAAGGUGGAGAGGACUUGA